CCGUCGCCAUGGACCUCAUACGCGCAUGAACAGUUGAACCCUAUCGAUUCUCAUCAGCACAACCCGCCACAUGCACCUUAUACCGUACCGGAACCGAUUUACUGCAAAAUGACCACCACGCUUGAACGGAGUCUGUCCCGGACUUCGAGUCUGUCCAUGUCCAUGUCUAGCCCUCGUCUCUCAGUGAGGAGAGAAGUCACGCCGCCUGUUGCCUCUGAUCCCGCCUUAUCGCAUAUCUACGACCGCAUCAACCUCCUUGACUCGCGUUUUCUCGAGCUCCGUUCGUCUGUCCUGACAAAGGAUGGGUAUGCCGACCGCCGGAACCGUGAAGACGACCACAUUCGCCGCGAAUUCGAUGCCAAUCGUGCCAUCUCCACCCGGAUCGACUUGAAUGUUGUGGCUUUGAGGACGGAUGUCGACCAGCUCAAGUCGGGAGUCUUUCAACUCAAGUCUAGCAUCGGCCAGUCCGGAACAGAGACGGGUUUCCUGCGCAGUGACGUCGAUCGGCUCCAAAAGAACGUCGAUCAGGUCCAUGAGGAUAUCGAGCAGCUGUCCACCGACGUUUGUGGGUGUCGUGUCGAAAUAAGCAAGCUUCAUGCUGCCAUCAGUCAACUCCGUACCGAUCUUCUCACCCUGCAGCAUGAGACCUCUCGACACUUCAACAAUGUUUUUAACCGUUUCUCGUUGAUGGAAUCUCGGAUGAAGCACAUGGAACGUGUCCGAUUCAACUCGCUCGCCCACACCGUGCAUGCUCCGAUCACUCCUGUCCCCGUCGUCGAGGAAGACGGUGCUCUGCAAUGGCCUGAAUAUUUCCCGCGCACCGUAUGGCGCUUCUGGUGUCUUAAGAAGAGAAGUCGACUUCAUCGACUUGUUGAACUCGCAGAAUUCUACCAACUUGGUGGAUACCAAUAUUGGUGUCGAAUGCAUCAGGAAGAUGGUCCGUUCGGCAGCGAUACCGAUUCCAGUGAUUCCAGCGAUCUUCCCUCCAAUCUGAAUCGGGCAGAAGCGGUCAGAAUGUACCCAGAGGCUGCCCACCAGGCCCUUGCCGCAACCCUCGGCCUGGUUUACUAUAAGAUUCGGAAUGAAGUGGGAGAAGCUCCCAAUACUCAUGUCCGACCUCCGAAACGGCCACAAGAAGAAGCCGUCUCUGUCUCGUCCAGUUCCAAACAGAAGCCUGUCAAAAUGCCUCGCCGCCCUACCAUGUCGCCUACGAUGCUGCACAAGCUCAUCACCGGUCCGUCCCUAGAGUCCAAGUCCCUGGCCUCUGAGGAAUCGGACAAGCUUGGCUGGAAUCCCCACUCCGAUGCCUCGGAUGAUGCAAUGAGCAAACUUCGAGGUAUCGUUUCGGAUGAGAUUGGCACCCUGCUCCGUGCCUUGGAGCGGGGCCAUCUCAAGCUAAAGCCCAGCCGCUCUGAACAAAUGUCUCCGGUCGAGUCCAAAGCAAGCUUUUCCAAUAAGAAACCUCCCGCAGAGGCUGCUCCGGAAGACGAUGCUCGAUCUGUUCCCGAUACGGUUGCGACCGAACUCAUCACCUUGCCCAGCGGCAAAGGUGAGCCUCAAACACCGGAAACCACCUCCGAGGUGGCAAGUCCUCCGCAGUUGUGAGAUUACCCAUGACAUGACACUAUACCCCGUCUCAGUUGACGGUAACGUAUAUUUUUACACUCAAGUCCUCGGUUGAUGCAUGUUCCAACCGAUAUGAUAUAUAACAUUUAUUACGCGGCGUUGUGUUUUGGUUACUUCGUUGUCUUCAUUUACCCAGAUAAGAUACCCAUUUGAUUAUUGCAUAGCAGGAUUGGAAUUUCAGCUCUAGGUCAUAUACAAUCAUACCUGAAAUAAGUUUUGAAUUGUGUCUUUAGUUCAUUGUGCGGAUAUGAUUACUAUUGACUAGUACUUCUGACAGCUUCGCUAUUCUUCCGAUCGGAUUGACUUCUCGUACACGACGGUCUCCCAUCCAUCUAAGAUGCAUCUCUUUCGCGUCGCCGAGGCUCCUGUACCGGAUAAGUCAAUUCGCAACGAAGCUUGCUAUAUACUCGUGACCGUAAAAGCCAGUCUGCAUUAUCUAUCUGCGUGGUAUUGACGGUAG